AUGGUUCCCCAUAGUUCAGCCCUCCCCUCUCCCAUAGCACCUUCCAUACCAGUACACUCGUCUCGUCACCUGCAAUUAAAUCCCUCAUCUCUCCGUCCUCCUUGCAGAGCAGAAGAACGCAUUUUUCACUGGCACGGCACGAAUACACCACCACCCUCAACAAUCGAGCACCCAUUGAUACAACACAUUGCCUCUCUCACCAACAGAGCCUCUCUGCGCGAUACAGCGAGCUAUGGAGCAGGCUUACGAAAAUUCCAUCUAUUCUGCGACAUAUUCUCCAUACCUGAAUCGGCUCGCCUGCCAGCGUCCUUCGAACUUCUCCACUCAUUUGUGCUCUGGGCGGUAACGGACCCAGACCCUAAUGAUCCUAUCCUAAGCAAAGUUGAUUCUGCAACCUUUGAACCGGUAUCUCCUGGAGUCGCACGCAAGUAUCUAUCCGCUGUGCGAGCCUGGCAUAUCGCUCAAGGUUGGCCUCCCCCGCUUAAUGAUUCUAACCAUGAAUGCAUCAACUGGUCUCUGCGAGGUCUAGAGAAUUUGCAUGGAAGGAAGCGCAAACCGCUUAGACCCCCCAUUACCCUGACAAUGCUCACGGCACUGAAGGCUACUCUGACAUUAUCAGAUCCUUUCGACGCCUGUAUAUGGGCCAUGGCAUCCUGUGCCUUUUUCGGAAUGAUGAGAUUCGGUGAAGUCUCUUGCAAGUCACGAGCGGCCUUCAAUACAUCCUUACAUUUGACGAGAGCUCAUGCCUUCUUUGGAACGGACUUGCGGAAUUGCCAUUAUGCACAUUUGGAUCUGCCAGCGGCCAAAACUGCGCGCCCUGGGGAAACACAAUCAGUUUUUCUCAAUGAGCAGGGAGAUUUAUGCCCCUUAGCAGCCCUACGAAAUUUAGCGCAAGUAGUUCCUGCCUCAGCCAACGAUCCAUUAUUCUCCUGGCGAGACCGCAAGGGCAACAUCCAGCCCAUGGUUAAAGUGCGAGCAUUAGAGCGCAUCAACGCAAUAUUAAUGGCUUGGGGUUGGGGCACAUCGUUCAGACACUCGUUCAGGAUUGGAGGUGCUUCCUUUUACUUGGCAAAGAAAGUAGACCCAGAGAUUGUUCGCCUUGCUGGCCGCUGGAAGUCACUUGCAUAUGAAACAUAUAUUCGAGCCUUCGAGCAAAUAUCUUCUCGUCACCUCGCUAAUGCAGCAUCCUUACAGUGA